AUGCCUUCUGCUCAAAAUCGCUCGGAGACCGUUGGGCAAAAGGAAGGGAUCCCAAAGAACUUUACCAUAGCGCACCCGAACACAGUACUAGAGACGCGCAAAAUCGCAUCUCCCUUUCCGCUUUCCUCGACCAAGAUAACUUCAAUUGGGAUCCGGGAUAGAGCUGCUGGGAAUGGCUAUUAUGGUCGAUUUACCCCUUCGAUCUUGGCGCGUUCAUGCUUUACAUCAUGGCGCGUUUGA